GACAUACUAUGUAGUACGUUAGUGUUCGAUUUUAGCAGUAACCCUUUCUAAAGUUGACCCUGUCAUUAUGGCGGCUCAGUGUUGUCUGAAGUCACUUCCUCUAAAAGGCCCGAAAUAACUGGCGUUAAAGUAAAUUCUAGUUAGCGAUAGCAGCCAAAGCAGCUUCAUUUAUUCGCGUGAGUACUACCACGUUAAUCGUAUUUUUGAGCCACGACGUUAGCAAAUAGAGCUUAGCCUGUGUACGGGUUUCUACCUGCUAAACAACAGCUAGGUAAGGAUGGCAGACCAGGAGGAUGAUGCCAAUCUUCAGGACGUCCCAGAGGAGUUGGAUGAUUCUGAGGAUGAAGAAGAGAGUGAUGAAGAGAGGGAUUUUGGGUGGCAUGAGCAGGGAGAGCUGGACUGGUCUGAGGAUGAUGGGGCUGAUUUACAGUCCAUCUCAGACACUCCAGCAGAACGCAGCGGUCACAUUGCAGUAGUUGACAGAAACUGCAUGUAUGUUUGGGGAGGAUAUAAGAAUGCUGAAGCACCUGGGUUAUUUGACUUGUACCUACCAAGGCAUGAAAUCUGGAUAUACAACAUGGAAACUGGAAGAUGGAGAAGGCAGCUGUCAGGAGGAGAUCUCCCUAAUCCAAUGUCAGGCAGCUGCGGUGUAUGUGUGGAAGGCAUUCUGUAUCUCUUUGGAGGCCAUCAUGCUAGAGGAAAUACUAAUUUGGUUUAUCAUCUGCCUCUGAGGGCCUCUGACUUCCACUGGGAGAGGAUGAAGAACCUUAAGGGUUUGGCCCCCACAUGUAAAGACAAACUAGGCUGUUGGGUGUACUUGAAUAGGCUGGUGUAUUUUGGGGGCUAUGGCUAUGAGGCAGAAGCAGACCAUCGCGGAACAUUUGAAUUAGAUGAAAAUUCGCUUAUGGGUAACCACCAAGGACGGGGCUGGAACAAUCAUAUUCACAUUCUUAACCUUGAAACGUCAGCCUGGAGUCAACCCAUUACAAAGGGAAAUGCUCCGACACCACGUGCAGCCCAUGCUUGUGCUACUAUGGGAAACAGAGGUUAUGUUUUUGGAGGCCGAUAUAUGGAUCUUCGACUAAAUGACCUGUACUGUAUUAACAUGGACACCUGGGAAUGGACUGAAAUGUCGGUACCUCAGCACGGUCCAGUUGGCCGCUCAUGGCACUCUUUCAUACCCGUGUCAUCAGAUCACAUCUUCCUGUUCGGUGGCUUCACUACUAAUCGAGAAACACUAAGUGAUGCCUGGUUGUACUGCGUGACCAGAAACGAGUGGAAGCAGUUUAAACACCGCCACAAAAAAAGUCCAAGACUUUGGCACACAGCAUGCUCAGGUCUAGAUGGAGAAGUGUUUGUAUUUGGGGGCUGCGCUAAUAAUCUUCUCUCACAUCAGCAAGCAUCCCAUAGCAAUGAGCUACUAAUUUUCACAGUUCAGCCAAAGUCCCUGCUUAGGUGCUGUACAGAGGUUAUUAUGCAGCACAGACAUCAGCUUGAGAGCAUGUUUGACUGCUUGCCCAAACAUCUCCUACACAGCCUCCAACAGAGAUUCGGUUCAACCAAUACUGGAGGAUCCUAGAACCACAUACAUACACAUUUCAGUAAGCUAAGCGCAAUAUUGGGAAUCUGUGGCACAACUCCAGUGCUCCUGUGCUUAACUCGAAAGAGGCUUGUUUGAAGAAUGCUGAGACAGAGAUACAGAUGCUGUUUGGAGGUUAAAGGCCCCUUCUAGUCCAAAAUCAAAGCUUGUAUGGUGGUUGUUCGGUAAACCCUGUAUAUUCUAAAUAAAAUGUAUGAUUUUA